GAGAAUUUGAGUCCCGAUGAAUCGAAUUCUUUCUGUGCGACAUGGAGUUAAAAACUUAAAAUUUUACGAAGAGUGUAUGAGCUUAUUAGCGCUUUUUGGGAAGAACAUGACUUAUUGAAGACUUGCAACGGAAGAGAAAAUUCACGCGAGAAUAUUACGUCAAUUAUGACUAAAAACAACAAAAACGAGCAUUUCCUCGCUAACAGAGGUUAAGACGACAAGGAUUUAUAUCAACUGAAGUCUUAUUUCACAUAGUGGUGUCUGAUCCCUGUAACCGUGAUAUCUACAUGCAGAGUUUAUGAGAGUUAAUGGCUAAUGAGGGAUUUGUUUCAAAGGAGUUGAAAGGCAAGAAAGAUAAUCUGAAGGAUAGAAAUAAACAUGAAGCACUGCUUGUUCGUUUGUCUAAAGUAUUGACCAACAGGAAGGACGCUUCUACAGGAAAGACUGGUCUUUUCAAGAGUAUGCAAGAAGUCCUCGAUGAAUUGAGGAGCGUGAUGACGCAGGCGCUGUUUUACACUUGUUAAGCAUAAUUUAUAUGGCAUAAUUUAUUUUUUCGGCUGUUGUGCCAGGACUGUUUUUGUUGUUUUUAGUCAUCACUGAUAAGCACCCUUAACACCUAGGAAGAGUAAACCAUGGACAUGGCCUCAGUCAUACUGUUUUUUUUCUGGCUACGGCCCUGUAUGCAAUAAUCAGCCAGCCGAAAUAAUUUGGUUAUAUUUUUAAAACGAAGUUAGUGCUUAGACAUUUUUCAAUUUUAACUUUUUAACUUCCUGUUCUUUAAGUUGACACUUAGCUAAUUUUCAUUGCCACCCGCUAGAGCAUCUUAGCAACCAACCACUUUCUUCAAUACUGUCAAUAUAUGAAAACCACCCAUUAGACUAUGACAUUACUCAGCUUAAACACAAGAACAUCUGCUGUCAAAUUAAAGGCAGAAACUUACUGAAAAUCCCUGAGACUCUCAAUUUAUCAUCCAGAAGAUGAUGGCUUCUUCACUGGAGAUUCAGUUUAAGCAUAAAUUUGCAAUCAACCUUUACGUCAUUUGUAUUUCACUUGGAAUCAUUUCCUCGAUAUGUUGUGGUUGCUCUGACGAUGAAUGUCGCGACAUCAUAUUUAAGGAACCAGUUGCAAACAAGGCAAUGAAGAACCACGUGAUCAGGAGUGCGGAGGUGCCCAGUGAAGGGAGUUGUCGCUUGAUGUGCUAUAUGGAGCCCAAUUGUGUGUCCAUUAAUUUAGGACCAUUGAAGGGAGGAAAACACAAAUGCGAGUUGAACAACGCUACAGAUGAAAACCAGUUUGCAUCUCACCUUCAAGAUAAACCAACGUUCACCUAUCUUGCUAUCGAGAACCCCUGCAGCAGCAGCCAAUGUUUGAACAAUGGAACCUGUCAAGCUGGAUUCACCAGUAAAGGAUAUCGUUGUAUCUGUCGCCCUGGAUUCACUGGAGCAAACUGCCAUGUUCUCGCGAGGUCUUGCAAGGAACUAUACGACCUACACGAAUCUCGGGUGAGUGAGCUGGUUACGCUUCACUUUGACUCAAAACCAAUUUCUGUUCUCUGUCACCUGGGAGAUUUUGGAUGUGGGGAUGGAGGAUGGACGCUGGUCAUGAAGAUUGACGGCAACAAGAACACCUUUCAUUAUAACUCGACGUAUUGGAGCGAUAAAAACAAAUACAAUCUUCCUGGAGGGGAGACUGGGUUUGACUCAAAAGAGACCAAGUUACCGACCUACUGGAACACAUCCUUCUCCAAGAUUUGUCUUGGUAUGAAGAUCCGCCAACAGAUUAACUUCACUGUCAUCAACAAGCAGGCCAACUCUUUGUACUCACUGAUCGCUGACGGGCAAUACCGCCCCACCUCACUGGGUCGUAACACGUGGAAGACGCUGAUUGGUUCAGAGGCUUCUUUGCAGUUCAACUGUAACAAAGAAGGCUUCAAUGCUGCAGGUAGUGCUCAGCGCUCGUCCAAAGCAAGGAUCGGUUUCCUAGGUAACAACGAAAACGAUUGCGUCACUCCUGACUCGAGAAUCGGGUUUGGUACAGGAGGACGUCAUGAUGACUCCAACACGUGUGGAAACGAGGCUUAUGCUAAUUCAGAUAAUGGAGACACACACAUCAAAGCCAUGGGGUACAUCCUGGUGCAGUGAUAACGAAAGCAAAAACAAACGUUUUGAGCAAACUGAUUUAAAGCCAUAAUAAUAAUAAUAAUAAUAAUAAUAAUAAUGAUGAUGAUGAUGAUAAUAAUGAU